AUGGGGGCACUCGGCGGCAUCUCCCCUGGGGGGACGAUCACGAUCGGCAUCCUAGUCGGCCUCAUGUCCACAAGCGUUCAGAGCUUGGGACUGACCCUGCAGCGCAAGUCGCACAUUCUCGAAGACGAGAAAGCCCCCCACGAGGUCCGACGGCCGCCAUACAGGAGAGGAAGAUGGCAGCUGGGCAUGGGCAUGUUUAUCGCCGCCAACAUCCUAGGCAGCACGGUACAGAUCUCGACGUUACCGCUACCUGUCCUUUCGACCUUGCAAGCCUCCGGGCUCGUCUUCAACUCUAUAUGCGCCACUCUCAUACUGGCUGAGCCAUUCACAAGGUGGUCGCUAUGGGGGACCCUGCUAGUCUGCACCGGUGCCGUGCUGAUUGCCAUCUUCGGCGCGAUCCCAGAGCCAGCGCACGAUCUCAAAGAACUGCUGGCUCUCUUGGGGCGUCGCACGUUCGUGGUGUGGAUGAUUCUUCAGGCGCUGCUCGUACUCGCCAUCGCCAUCAUCACGGACAGUCUGAACCACUUUUCGAACCUCGGACAGAACGCCAAGUUCCGCUUCUUUCGAGGUCUGGCAUACGGCUGCAUCAGCGGCAUUCUGUCCGCGCACUCUUUGCUGGUCGCCAAGUCUGCGGUCGAGCUGAUCAUUAAGACAUUGUCUGGCCCUACCAAUCAGUUGUCCACUGGCAGGCGUGGGCACUCGUGCUGGCUCUGA